AUGCCGGCUUCCGCCAUCUUUGUGCUCGAUCUAAAGGGCAAAGUCUUGCUGUGGCGGGAUUACAGAGGCGAUGUGCCGCUCAACAUAGCUGAGCGCUUCAUGAACAUCAUCAUGGCCAAAGAUGAGCAAGAUGUUCGGCCGAUUUUCGAAGAGGAUGGAGUAACCUACAUAUAUGUCAAAUACAAGAACCUGUACAUCAUGACGGUCACGAAGCACAAUGCCGACGCCGCCAUGCUCUUGAUUUUCCUCUACAAGCUCAUUCAGGUCUUCACGGCGUACUUCCAAGAGCUGGAGGAGGAGAGUUUGAAGGACAACUUCGUCAUCAUUUAUGAGCUUCUCGACGAGAUGAUGGAUUUCGGGUAUCCACAAGCCACCGACGCCCAAAUCUUGCAAGAGUUCAUCACACAAGAGUUCUACAAGAUGGAGCAGCAGCCUCGUCCACCGCCCGCCCUGACCACGGCGGUGAGCUGGCGCUCGGAGGGAAUCAAGUACCGAAAAAACGAAGUCUUCCUUGACGUCAUCGAAAACGUCAACGUUCUCGUGGCGGCCAACGGCACGGUCCUGCGAAGCGAGAUCGUGGGUAGCGUGCAGGUGAGGUCGUACCUGAGCGGCAUGCCAGAGCUCCGCCUGGGCCUCAACGAUCGCGUCCAGUUCGAGUCCAACGCGCAGAGGUCGCUCAAGAAGGGCGCCAUCGAGAUGGAGGACGUCAUCUUCCACCAGUGCGUGCGCCUCUCGCGCUUCGACAGCGACCGGACCAUCUCCUUCAUCCCGCCCGACAAAGAUUUCGAAUUGAUGUCCUACCGUCUCAACACACAGAUCAAGCCCCUGAUUUGGGUCGAAGCGAUUGUCGAGUCGCACGAGCGCUCGCGCGUAGAGUACCUCGUCAAGGCCCGCUCACAGUUCAAGGCCCGAUCGACGGCCAACAACGUGGGCAUCUUCAUCCCCGUGCCUCCCGACGCCGAUUCGCCCAAGUUCAGGGCCAACGUGGGUACGGUCAAGUACGUGCCGGAGCGGGACGCCAUCCUGUGGUACAUCCCCAAGUUCCAGGGAGCGCGCGAGUACCUCAUGCGAGCGCACUUUGGGCUGCCGUCGACGACCAGCGAGGACCUUGCGCAGGCCAAGCCGCCGAUCACCGUCAAGUUUGAGAUUCCUUACUUUACAGUAUCCGGCAUCCAGGUCCGCUACCUCAAGAUCAUUGAGCGCUCCGGCUACCAGGCUCUGCCGUGGGUGAGAUACAUCACCAAGAGCGGCGAUUACCAGCUCAGGCUGUCGUAG